AUUGGCGGAGGCGAAAAAUUUAAACGGAGGCAAAAGGCAGGUCUAGUUUUGCUCCGUGACUUGAGUUUGCGAGUUUGUGGGGUUGGUAUCCUUUUUAUUUCUAGGGUGUCGGCUUCUGGAAAACAAAGCGGGGUAAAUUCGCUCCGACCAUCUCCACGGCCGCGCGGUGAAGCGCGGUGAAGCGCGGUGAAGCGGUCAGCGUGGGUCGGAGGUUCCUGCUCCAGAGCAGCCUGGUAGGGGGUAGGGAAGGAGGCCAGGUCGGGGUCUGAGACUGCCAUGGCGAACCGGCGAGUGGGGCGAACCUGCUGGGAGCUGAGCCCUACGGAACGCCGGCMGCCGGCGGGGCGGCGGGAACCAGCGGCCCAGGAGGAGGUGGCUUCCCCGCCGACGCUGUCUCUCAGCCACUUCUGCAGGUCCCCUUUCCUCUGCUUCGGAGAUGUCCGCCUGGGCGCCUCKCGGACGCUGCCCCUGGUCCUGCACAACCCUAACGAGGAGGUGGCUGAGGUGGAGAUCUCCCACUUCCCGGCCGCGGACCUGGGCUUCAGCGUGUCUCAGCGUUGUUUCGUGUUGCAGCCUAAAGAAAAACUAGUUAUUUCUGUUAACUGGACACCAUUGAAAGAAGGCCGAAUAAGAGAGAUUGUGACAUUUCUUGUAAAUGAUGUUCUGAAACACCAAGCCAUAUUGCUAGGAAAUGCAGAAGAGCAGAAAAAGAAAAAGAGGAGUCUUUGGAAUACCAUUAAUAAAAAGAAAAAUUCAGCCUCUUCAAGUUAUAACAAAAAGAUUUCAAAUGAUCAAAAYGUUAACAAAACAUUUUGUGUUUCUCAAAAAGUUGACAGAAUUAGGAGCCCACUACAGGCAUGUGAAAAUCUGGCUAUUAAUGAAGCCUGUUCUCCAACAGAAAAUAGUUCUUUAACCCUUGAAGAACAUAAAAUACCUAUAUCACCUAUUAGCCCUGCUUUCCAAGAAUGUCAUGGUGAAAUUUGCUUGCCACUUUCUGUACGUCGGUCUACUACCUACUCAUCUCUUCUUGCAUGUGAAAAUGAGGAACAGUUAAAAGUAGAAGAUGCCACCAUUUCAAAAGAUUUUAAUUUUAAUGAGGAAGUCAUAACUAAAACUUCCUUUCAAAGUGAGGAGAAUAGUAAACUUAUUCUGACCCCAAACUGUUCUUCAACUUUGAACAUUAUGCAAAGUCAAGCMAAUUUUCUAAGUCCAGAUUCUUUUGUAAGUAAUAGUCAUACAGCUAAUAAUGAAGUAGGGUUAAUGACAUUUCUUUCAUCAGAUACUCUUAAAAAAGAUAAUUCAGAGUCUGUGAAUUUGGAAUCCAAAAGUAUACAUGAAAUUUACAGAACAAUUUUAAGUCCAGAUUCUUUCGUGAAUGAUAAUUAUGGAGCAAAUCAGGAUCUAGAGUCAGAUUCAGUUAAUCCUAUUUUAUCCCCAAAUCAAUUUGUAAAAGAUAACAUGGAACAUAUAUAUACCUCUCAGCAAACAUGUAAAAUAUUAUCAUUAUCAAAUGAAAAUUCUCAGAUUGCCCAGUCUCCUCAGCACCGGAGAAAAAAUGAAGUUUUGCCAUGUAGUCCUGAAUAUCAGGGUUCAAAAACACCCAAGCCUAAUUUUGAAGAACUAAAUCCUAUAGAAGUGAAGUCAAGUUACUACAAUUUUAGAAAACAAAUUCACCCUAAAUUUUCUGCAGUUCAGGAUGUUUCUCAUUAUAGCCAUAAUAAGCAACAUAAGAGACGCCCCAUACUUUCUAACACAGUUAUUAAAAGGAAGACCACCAUUGCCAGAGAAAAUCAAGCUGAGAUUAAUAAACCAAAAGCAAAAAGAUGCCUCAACAGUACAGUAGGUGAAUGUGAAAAAGUAAUAGAUCACCCCAAAGAAACAGAAGCUUUACAUUCUCAUCUUCCAAUUAUCGAUUCAGUAUUAAGUAAACCUAAGUGUUAUAAAAGUGAAGUAACUAAUUCAACGACAGCUUUAGUUGCUUGUAAAAGAAAAAGUGAUGGAAACAUGGAAGAUACAAAUGUGAAGGUUGCUAUUAUAGAACAUAUGGAUAUACCCAAAAUCAAAAGAAUCCACUUUUCUCCCUUGGAAUCGAAAACAUCAACUGUUAAAAAAAUAAAGAUGACAACACCAAUCUCAAAACGUACUAGCAACAGAGAGAAAUUAAGUCUUAAGAAGAAAACUGAUUCAAUGGCAUUCAAAACUCCUAUUUCUAAAACAAACAAAAGGAUAAAACCCAUUGUUGCUGUGGCACAGUCUAAUUUGACCUUCAUAAAACCAUUAAAAGCAGAUAUUCCUAGACACCCAAUGCCAUUUGCUGCAAAAAACAUGUUUUAUGAUGAGCGCUGGAAGGAAAAACAGGAACAAGGAUUCACUUGGUGGCUAAAUUUUAUAUUAACUCCGGAUGACUUCACUGUAAAAACAAGUAUUUCUGAAGUAAAUGCUGCUACUCUUCUUUUGGGAACGGAGAAUCAACAUAAAAUAAGUGUUCCUAGAGCGCCUACAAAAGAUGAAAUGUCUCUCAGAGCUUAUACUGCACGGUGCAGGUUGAAUAGAUUACGCCGCACAGCAUGCUGUUUAUUUACAUCUGAAAAAAUGGUUAAAGCUAUUAAAAAGCUUGAAAUUGAAAUUGAAAAUAGGCGGUUAAUUGUUCGAAAAGAUAAACACCUCUGGAAAGAUAUUGGAGAACGUCAGAAAGUCUUGAACUGGCUAUUAUCCUAUAAUCCUUUGUGGCUUCGAAUUGGCCUAGAGACAAUUUAUGGUGAACUCAUAUCUUUGGAAGACAAUAGUGAUGUCACAGGGUUGGCUAUGUUUAUUCUGAAUCGCUUGCUUUGGAAUCCUGAUAUAGCAGCUGAAUAUAGACACCCUACUGUUCCUCAUUUAUACAGAGAUGGUCAUGAAGAAGCUUUGUCCARGUUCACAUUGAAAAAGUUAUUGUUGUUGGUCUGUUUCCUUGAUCAUGCUAAGCUUUCCAGACUUAUUGAGCAUGAUCCUUGUCUCUUCUGUAAAGAUGCUGAAUUCAAGGCUAGUAAGGAAAUCCUUCUGGCUUUUUCACGAGAUUUCCUAAGUGGUGAAGGUGAUCUCUCCCGUCACCUUGGCUUUUUGGGAUUGCCUGUUAGCCAUGUUCAGACACCAUUUGAUGAAUUUGAUUUUUCUGUUACAAAUCUUGCUGUAGAUUUGCAGUGUGGAGUGCGUCUUGUGCGAACCAUGGAACUUCUCACACAGAACUGGAAUCUUUCAAAGAAACUCAGGAUUCCUGCAAUAAGUCGUCUUCAAAAAAUGCACAAUGUUGACAUUGUUCUUCAAAUUCUUAAAUCACGAGGAAUUCAAUUAAGUGAUGAACACGGAAAUUCAAUCCUAUCUAAGGAUAUUGUGGAUAGGCACAGAGAAAAGACUCUUGCAUUGCUUUGGAAAAUUGUAUUGGCUUUUCAGGUGGAUAUUUCCCUUAAUUUAGAGCAAUUAAAGGAAGAAAUUCACUUUCUAAAAUACACACACAGUAUAAAGAAAUCAUUGUCUGCAGUGUCGUGCCGCUCUGAUGCUAUUAUUAAUAAGAAAAAAGACAAAAGAAAUAGUGGUUUCUUUGAACAGUAUAGUGAAAAUGUGAAAUUAUUGAUGGACUGGGUAAAUGCAGUUUGUGCCUUCUAUAAUAAGAAGGUAGAGAAUUUUACAGUGUCUUUCUCAGAUGGCCGUGUGUUAUGUUACCUUAUCCAUCACUACCAUCCUUGCUAUGUGCCUUUUGAUGCUAUAUGUCAGCGUACUACUCAAACUGUGGAAUGCACACAAACUGGUUCAGUGGUAUUAAAUUCUUCCUCUGAAUCCGAUGACAGUACUCUGGACAUAUCUCUUAAAUCAUUUGAUCCUGAAAAUACUUCAGAACUCCACAAAGAACUUCUGGAAAAUGAAAAGAAAAAUUUUUAUUUGGUCAGGUCUGCAGUUAGAGACCUUGGUGGAAUACCUGCUAUGAUUCAUCAUUCAGAUAUGUCAAAUACAAUUCCAGAUGAAAAGGUGAUUAUUACCUAUUUGUCAUUUCUUUGUGCAAGGCUUUUAGAUCUUCGUAAAGAAAUAAGAGCUGCUCGACUUAUACAGACAGCAUGGAGAAAAUAUAAAAUAAAAACAGAACUAAAGCUCUAUAAGGAGAGAGACAAAGCUGCAAGAAUUAUUCAGUCAGCUGUAAUAAAUUUUCUAUCCAAACAACGAGUGAAAAGAAAGAUURAUGCAACACUGGUCAUUCAGAAAUAUUGGAGAAGAGUCUUAGCACAAAGAAAAUUAUUAAUGUUAAAAAAGGAAAAACUGGAAAAUGUACAGAAUAAAGCAGCAACGGUCAUUCAGGCUAUAUGGAGAAGAUAUAAAGCUAAGAAAUAUUUAUGUAAAGUGAGAGCUGCCUGCAAGAUUCAAGCCUGGUAUAGGUGUUGGAGAGCACGCAAUGAAUAUUUAGCUGUAUUAAAAGCUGUUGAAAUUAUUCAAGGUUGCUUCUAUGCCAAACGGGAGAGAACACGGUUUUUGAAGAUGAGAGCAUCAACAAUUAUCAUUCAGAGAAAAUGGAGAGCUAUACUUUCUGUAAGAAUGGCUCAUGAGCACUUAAUGGCAAAAAAACAUCGUGCUGCUUGUCUUAUCCAAGCACAUUUUAGAGGACAUAAAAGAAGACAGCUCUUUCUUCAGCAGAAAUCUGCUGUUUUGAUCAUACAAAGACAUAUACGAGCCUGGGAGGCUGGGAAAUGUGAAAGAAUAAAAUAUCUUGAAUUAAAAAAGUCUACAGUUAUUCUACAAGCACUAGUGCGUGGCUGGUUAGAAAGGAGAAAAAUUUUAGAACAGAGAGCCAAAGCUCGGCUCCUUCACUUCACAGCAGCUGCAUAUUAUCACCUGUCUGCUCUUAGAAUUCAAAGAGCAUAUAAAGUUCACAUGGCUAUGAAGAAUGCUAACAAACGGGUUAAUUCAGCCAUUUGUAUUCAGAGAUGGUUUCGAGCAAAAUUAGAACGAAAGAGAUUUAUUGAGAAAUAUUAUAGCAUCAUAAAAAUUGAGCAUGAAGUUCAAGAAUGUAUGAACCAGAAAAAUAGGGCUGCAUCAGUAAUACAGAAAGCAGUACGUCACUUUCUCCUUCGAAAAAGACAGGAAAAAUUUAAUAGUAGAAUCACUAAACUUCAGGCAUUAUGGAGAGGCUACUCUUGGAGGAAGAAACAUGAUUGUACAAAAUUUAAAGCUAUACGGUUAAGUCUUCAGAUGGUUAAUAGGGAGAUUAGAGAAGAAGAUAAACUCUACAAAAGAACCACACUUGCACUUCAUUAUCUUUUAACGUAUAAGCACCUUUCUGCCAUUCUUGAGGCCCUAAAACACCUCGAGGUUGUUACCAGAUUAUCUCCACGUUGUUGUGAGAACAUGGCUGAGAGUGGAGCAAUUUCUAAAAUAUUUGUUUUAAUCCGAAGUUGUAAUCGUAGUGUUCCUUGUAUGGAGGUCAUCAGAUAUGCUGUACAAGUUUUGCUUAAUGUAGCUAAGUAUGAGAAAACUACUUCAGCAGUUUAUGAUGUAGAAAACUGUAUACACACAUUGUUGGAGCUUUUGCAGAUGUACCGAGAAAAGCCUGGUGACAAAGUUGCAGACAAGGGUGGAAGCAUUUUCACAAAAACUUGUUGUUUGUUGGCUGUUUUGUUGAAGACAACAAACAGAGCCUCUGAUGUACGAAGUAGUCCCAAAGUUGUUGACCGCAUUUAUAGCAUCUACAAACUUACAGCUCGUAAACAUAAAAUAAAUGCUGAAAGAAUACUUAAUAAUCAAAAGAAGAAUUCUUCCAUGGGCAUUCCCAUUAUUCCAGAAACACCAAUAAGGACCAGAAUAGUUUCAAGACUUAAACCGGAUUGGGUUUUAAGAAGAGAUAGUAUAGAAGAAAUCACCAAUUCUUUGCAAGCUAUUCAAAUGGUGAUGGAUACACUUGGCAUUCCUUAUCAGUAAAUAAAAACAUUUUCAGUUUGUACAGUAUAAAGAAAUAUUAAUGUUAAUCAUGAMUAUGUAAAGUGCUUUUUGCUUUCUAUGUACAACUUCUAAAAUCUGACUUUGUAUUAAAAAUAAAUAUGUAUAUUACAAAUAACUAAGCUGUUUAUUAAGUUCUUCAUUGUUUUUUAUUUAAUAUAGCUGUAUGCAUAUAACAAAUAAAUAUGUCAUAAGAUGA